AUGAACAGCACAACCUGCGAACGUGGCACACCCCUCGACGACCUGGAGACCCCUUGCCUGAUCGUUGAGUUGGACGCGCUCGAAAGCAACUACCGUGUCGUGUCCAACACCUACCGCGACACCGUGUGCAAGAUGCGUCAGCACACCAAGAACAUCAAGAGCCCGUUCCUCGCCAAGAUGCAAAUGGACACCGGAGGCUCGAACGGCGGCGUCUGCACUGCCAAGGUCGCCGAGGCCGAGGUCAUGGUCGAGGGCGGCAUCACCGACAUCCUCAUCCCCAAUCAGGUCGUCACCGAUGACAAGCUCGACCGUGUGUCCGCCCUCGCAAGGCACGGCGACAUCAAACUGUGCGUGGACAGCGUGGAAAACGUUCGGAUCAUCUCCGACGUCGCGUCCCGGAAUGGCGUCGAGAUCGGCGUACUCAUCGAGGUCGAUACGUCGAUGGGGCGAGCGGGAGUACGCAGCCCCGAAGCCGGCGUCGAGAUCGCCCGGGCCACACAAGAGUUGCCCGGCGUCUCCUUUCGCGGCGUCAUGAGCCACCAGAGCGUCGGCGAGACGUUCAGCAAAGAGGACCGCUUCCUCCGUGGCAAGGAGUACAUAGGUAUCUGUUUGAGGGUCAAGGACGCGGUCGAGGCGGCGGGCAUCCCGGUCGAGAUCGUAUCCAGCGGCGAGACGUUCUGCUACGACGUAGCGGCCCAAAUCCCCGGCGUCACCGAGGUCGAAGGCGGCUCAUACGCCCUCAUGUCCACCGGAUACGGAUACAUGACCGAAUUUCAGGUCGCCGGCAAGGUGCUCGGCACCGUCGUCAGCACCCCUCGACCCGGAGUUGCCAUCGGCGACGUGGGAUUGCGUUCGAUAGCCGGGCCGAGCGGUCUCCUCCCGACCGUCGACGGCAUCCCGGGCGUGGAGGUCGAGUCGCUCCACGACGACCACAUCGUCCUCACCACCGACGGCUCAAUGCCCCUGCGCGUCGGCGACAAGUUCAAACUCCUUCCGGCGCACCAAGACAUGCUCGUCAACCGCUGGGACGAGUACGUGGCCGUCCGCGACGGCGUGGUCGAAGACGUUUGGGAUAUCCCCGGACGCGGCUGCUAUCACUAG